AUGAAGGACGUCGGCGCCGCCCUGCCCGACGAAGACGACGCGAACGACCCGGACUUCGCGUCCAACGUGGACCAAGCCCAGGUCGCGAAGGCGCUCUCGCAGCUCCAGGGCAACCCCGGCCUGGUGAACGCGCUUCAGCACAAGCUCGACGACCUCGUCGGCAUGAGCUCGGGGUUCGUCGAGAGCCUGCACUACAAAGUGCGCGCGCGCGUGAACGCGCUCACCACGCUCCAGGAGUCGCACGACGAGCUGUACGAGAAGUAUCUGGACGAAAAGCGCGCGCUCGAGGCGAAGUACAGGGAUCUGUACGCGCCGCUGUACGUCAAGCGCGCGGGGAUCGUCAAGGGCGCGGAGGACGUGGACGCCACCCCGGGGGAGGACGACGACGAGACCGAGGAGGCGCCCGUCGGGAUUCCCGAUUUCUGGCUCUGCGCGCUUCGGAACCACGAGAUCUUCGAGCAGCAGAUCACGGAGAAGGACGAGCCGGCGCUCAAGUUCCUCAACGACAUCACGUGCACGCCGCUGCAAGACCUCCCCGUCGACGAGAAGAAGAAGGAGGAGGAGGACGACGACGACGAGGAGGAGGAGGAGGAUGACGAGCCCCAGAGAGGAUUCCGCCUCGACUUUCACUUCGACGAGAACCCGUACUUUUCGAACGAGGUCCUCUCGAAGUCGUACCACAUGGUCGACGAGGAGGAUCCGAUCUUGGAGUCCGCGGAGGGCACGGACAUCGAGUGGGCGCAGGGGAAGAACCUGUGCGUGAAAGUGCUCAGGAAGAAGCCGAAGAAAGGGGACAAGAAAGGGAAGCCGAUCACGAAGACGGAAAAGGCGGAUUCGUUUUUCAACUUUUUCUCGCCCCCCGACGUCCCGGGCGAGGGCGACGACCUCACCGAGGAAGAGGCGGAGCAGCUCCAGGACUUCAUGGAGAUGGACUACGAGAUGGGCGCGAUCAUCAAAGAGAAGAUCAUCCCGGACGCGAUCUCGUGGUUCACGGGCGAGGCGAAGCAGGACGAGGACGACUCGGACUACGACGACGAAGACGACGACGACGAGAGCGAAGAUUUCGACGAGGACGACGAGGACGACGACAGCGACGACGACGCCCCCGCGCGCGGCAGAGGCCGGGGCAAGGCCAAGUCCAAGGCCCCCGCGGGCGCAGACGACGGGGAGAAGCCCCCGGAGUGCAAGCAGCAGUGA